UAUUUCCUGUGAACGCACGAGGCGCACCUCAACAGACAGACCCUGCUAGUCGAGCGCCUAUUGCGCAGAAAGAGGAGCUGCAAGAUGGCGCAAGCAAUAUUUGAAGUACUUGAAGGCAUGGACAACCAGACGGUGUUGGCGGUCCAGUCUCUGCUAGACGGCCAAGGUGGAGUUCCUGACCCCACCAAUCAGAACGUCUCCGGCACGUCUACCAUACAGUCGAUGGACGACGAGGACGUGUUCCUGUGUGGGAAGUGUAAGAAACAGUUCAACUCUCUGCCUGCCUUCAUGACACACAAGAGGGAGCAGUGCCAGUCCAGCAUCCCCUCCCUGUCCACAGUGUCCCUGGCCUCCACCAACGCCUACACACCGGUCCCCUCCAUCAGCUCUGGACCACAGACCCCCACUAACAGACAGGUAUCCACCUACAUCACAGUACCCCCGUCGCCUCUGACACACACUCUGGUCCAGGGCAACGUGCUGGUCAGCGACGACGUCCUCAUGUCGGCUAUCUCAGCGCUCACCUCCAUCGACCAGCCUAUGGCCGCCAUGCAGACGCCUAUACAGAGUAACCUGAGCAUGCACACAGCUGGUGUAUCAUACCUGCACCAGCACCACCACCACCAUCACCACCAUCAUCAUCACCAGCAGCAGCAGCAGCAGCAGCAGCAGCAGCAGCAACAACAGCAGCAGCAACAACAGCAGCAGCAACAACAGCAGCAGCAGCAACAGCAGCAGCAGCAACAGUCCUCCCACCCCCUCCCCUCCAGCCAAACGCCGGCCCACCCCCUGCCUGACGGGCAGCCCUCGCAGCAGCCGCUCUCCUCACAGGUCCCAACGAGCCACAGCAACUCAGUGGUCCAGGUGUACAGCGCUAUGCCCCAUAUGGGCGGAGGCGGUGGCGGAGAGAUCCACGCCCUGGGGCUCCAGCCUUUCCAUCCCGUACACGUGCCUAGUCAGUGCGUGGAGAGCCAGUCAUACACAACCCCUCCCGUCUACAGCCCCGGGAAGCAGGGCGCCAAAACGAAGACUUGCAGCAUCACCGCCAACCUGACUGAGCUGGCCGACUUCGAAAAGGUCAUCAUCCCCAAGCGAUCCAGGAGCAGCAAAAAGAGCUGUGAUGGAGCCACAGAGCAGCUGAAAGGAAAAGUUCCAAAGCUCAAGUGUAAUUUCUGUGAUAAAAUCUUCUCAAAAAACUUUGAUCUUCAGCAGCACAUUAGAAGUCACACAGGAGAGAAACCGUUUCAGUGCAUCGUCUGUGGCCGAGCUUUUGCCCAGAAGUCCAACGUGAAGAAACACAUGCAAACACACAAGGUGUGGCCUAUGGGUGCGGCCAGCACCGUGUCCAGAUUGCCAAUCACAGUAAAGGUGAUACCAGUGUCGUCCAAUGAGGAGGAGGGGGGGGUCGGGGAGCAGCAGCAGCAGCAGCGAGGUGAAGCCGAGGUGGAGGAGGCGUCACAGCAGCAGAACUGUCAAACACAAACAGAGGAAGAGGUGGUUCACACAGAAGCUCCGGCGCAGUUGGAGGAGAGUGCGGCUGAGGUUCCGGCCCACCCGGAGCACGGCCGAGAGGAGGCCACGCAGGACGGGCCACCCCAGGCACACGCGCAGGUGCCGUCCAACCAGGACCAGCAGUGCCAGGCUCAAACCAAACAAAUCGUGGUGAUAGACAGCUCCUACCAGUGCCAGUUCUGUGCCAGCAAGUUCAAGACCUACUUCCAGCUCAAGUCUCACCUGACCCAGCACAAAGGGGAGCAGGUCUACAAGUGUGUGUUGAAGUCCUGCUCGCAGACCUUCCAGAAGCUGGAUCAGUUCCUGGAGCACAUCAGGACGCACCAGGAGCAGCUGACCUACCGCUGCCACCUCUGCAGCAAGGUGUUCCCCUCGCUGUUCGAACUGGGAGUCCACCAGUACUCCCACUGCUUCUGCCCGCAACAGAGCGCACGCAAGGAAACCAGCAUCUACAGGUGCGUCAAGUGCCAAAGCAGAUAUUCUACCCAGGAGGCACUGGAACAGCAUCUUCUGACGGCCUCGCACAGCUUUCCCUGCCCACACUGUCAAAAGGUUUUCCCGUGCGAGAGGUACUUUCGACGCCACCUCCCCACUCACGGCGUGGGAGGGAGGUUCAAGUGUCAGAUCUGCAAGAAAGCCUUCAAGACCGAGCACUACCUCAAACUGCACACACGCAUCCACUCAGGUGAAAAGCCAUACAAGUGCUCGCUGUGUGAGGCGAUGUUCAACAGGAAGGACAAAGUGAAGCGACAUAUGCUCAUCCACGAGCCCUUCAAGAAAUACAAGUGUCCCUUUAGGACGCAUGUGGGCUGCAACAAAGAGUUCAACAGGCCAGACAAACUCAAGGCCCACAUUCUGUCCCAUUCUGGUAUCAAACCCUACAAGUGUCUCUUUUGUCAGAAGGCGUUCAGCCGCAGGGCCCACAUGCUCGAGCAUCAGCAGUCCCACACGGACAACUACCGCUUCAGAUGCUCCACCUGCAACAAGGGCUUCACCAGGCAGAGCUACUACAGAGACCACAAAUGCCCCGCAGCGGGAAGCGGCACGGCGGGCGAAGGAGGCGCCGCAGAGUCGGAGGGAGACGAGGCCACGGGAAUGCCAGUGGCCGCGGAGAAGGAUGGAGAGGACGGCGGGAGAAGAAGCGGGUUCCUGAGAACGGAGAGCAUGGCGGGCGGUGAUGACGGAGCGAACGGCGGCGGCUCAAAGGACGGCCACGAGUCGGCGCAAAGACGCGAGCAGGAGGAGGAAGAGGAAGAAGAGGAGAGGAGGAACGACGAGGGUUGUCGGGCUGCGAUGACUAUCAGCGGCAUUGAAGGACAGGAGGAGGAGGAAGAGGAAGAUGAAGACGAGGAGGAGGAGGAUGAUGAUGAUGAUGAUGAAGACGAGGAGGAGGAGGAAGAAGAGGUUGACAGGGUGGAACAUGGUGCCAUGGCACUGGAUCAGAUUCAGAGCAAUGACCAACACUGUUUGCAGCAGCAGUGUUUGUAGAUGUGUUGGACGUGGACCAAACAAACUAAGCUAUCCAUUCUUUUUAAAGUCUGGGAAAUUAUUCUUAUUUGUUUUAUAUUGAAACGUUAAAUUAAAAUGCACUUCUCCACUUUACUGUAAAGUACGCAGGCCGGUUGGUUACUUGGUAUAUCUAUAUUGCCAAAUGAACCAGUGGAACUUUUCCAUGUACACGUGUCCAAUUAUUGUGCAAUUUAAGCCACUGUGGUUUCAAAUAACGUCAUGUCAAUAAAAUAGAAACAUUUUCUCUUA